AUGGUGAAGGCCAUAUCGGGCGUCCGCGUUAUGACUGUACAAUUCAAAAGCGAGCUCGUUCAUAACAUCACGAUCACGCUGGAUGCGAGAAUGAGGGAUGUCCCUGCCCAGACUGCUAUCGAUCGUCUCGCUCAGACAAGGAAGAUAAUUGUCCGUGCGAACGGCCAGGAUGCGGUCACAGGAUCAAACUCAUUCUCGAUGUUUCCUUCUCAUGGACGCUGCUCUUCUUCUGAUCGCAGGAAACGAAACAUAUACUUGGCCACAGUCGAAAUCAUGAAGCUGGAAAACCUGAUUAUUUUGCAGAACAAGGUCGACUUGAUCAAGGUAGCCAAGGCUCGUGCGCACCAAAAAUCAAUCGCUGCAUUCGUCAAGGACACGAUAUCUGUGCAACUGAAAUACAAUAUCGACGCUGUCAACGAAUACGUCGUAAAGGGCACACUUAUCGCUACAAGCUGA